UCAAGAUUACAGAACCAAUAACCAAACGGUUCCCAUCAAUUUCAAGAGUUCAGUCUCCUUCAUCCUGCACUCCCUCAACGCCAAUUGGAUCAACAUAUCAAGGAUGGCUGAUUCAUCUUCUUCCGUGAAAGAACAAAACUCAGUGAUUGAGCGAGUUAUCAUCAAGAACAAGUAUGGUGAAAAGCUUGUGGGCGUGCUAUACGAAACGAGUUCAAAAGAAAUUAUCAUCCUAUGCCAUGGAUCUGCAGCCAAAAAGGAAUGUCCGGUUAAUUUUAACCUCACGGAUGCUUUAACAAAAAAAGGAAUCAGUGUUUUCUGCUUUGACUUCUCAGGGAACGGGGAAAGUGAAGGGACGUUUGAGUAUGGUAAUUACAAUAAAGAGGCUGAUGAUUUGCAUUCUGUAGUCAAGUAUUUCUCAGGGUUGCAACGGGUAAUUGGUGGAAUCCUUGGUCACAGUAAAGGAGGAGAUUCAGUGCUCGUGUAUGCUUCUAGGUAUCAUGAUGUAGCAACAGUUGUGACUGUUUGUGGACGCUUUAAAGUGGAAAGAGGAACUGAGGACGUGUUGGGUAAAGACUAUAUGGAAAGAAUCAAGGCAAAUGGGUUUUUGGAUUUUGAAGGCGAUGAAGGAGUUAUAUACCGUGUGACAGAGGAGAGUUUAAUGGAACGCCUUGCUACUGAUAUGCAUGCCAUAUGCCUCUCAAUUCCAACGGACUGCAGGGUGUUAACUGUUCAUGGAUCUGCUGAUAAAUGUAUACCUGUGGAAGAGGCAUUUGAGUUUGCUAAAGUCAUACCCAAUCACAAGUUGCAUAUUAUUGAAGGCGCCGAUCAUGGUUACAGUAAUCAUCAAUCUGAGCUAGUUGAGGUGGUGAUGGACUUCAUAGUGGACUGUCUCGGAGGACCAGCUUCAACCUUCAUAUAGAGUAUGUUGGCUAACAUCUAAAAGUUAUUGCUAAUAAAACUCAGUGCCUUAAACUAUUUCAUAAAAUUGUACCUUCGCUAUUAAGCGUUUGCUAAAAUGUAAUAUCCAGAGGAACUGUUUACAGCUCCCUUCACUUCAAAGUUAAAA